AUGGGCCGGUCAUCAUUCCCCAUCAUAGCGUUCCUCCUCGCCGUGAUACUCCUCGCACUCCCUAUCUUAGCUUCAUCGGGCGAUCGAAAUCCGACAUUCCAGCAUUGUCUGAAAGGAUGUCAGUUGACAUACUGCGAACCUCAUCAACCUCCCAUACCUGCCUAUCUAAGAGCUUUCGGCUGGACAUGUAAGGAGAACUGUGGUUAUGAAUGCGCUCAUUCUUUCACUGAUAACAUAAGACCUGGAAGUAAAAAUCAUCAAUUCUAUGGAAAAUGGGCGUUCUAUCGACUGGGACCUUUUCAAGAAGUAUUCUCGAUGUUAAUGUCAUUGGGUAACCUUUACGUCAAUUUAAAAGGACUCGAACAGCUUCGCAGAAGAGUCAGAGUAGAGAACGGCUUGAGAAGCUGGUUAGCUGCUAUGGGCUGGAUUCAGGUUAAUACUUGGGUUUGGAGCACUGUAUUCCAUGCUCGAGACACACCCAACACUGAAAGACUCGAUUACUUCUCAGCAACUUUAACGAUAUCAUUCACGAUGCUUUAUGCCAUUAUUCGAAUAUUCAACUUACGAACGCCAAUCUCAUCCUCAAGACUUCUCAUACCCGUCUCAGCUUCUGUUGGAUUUUUAGUAUUGGGUCAUUUCACCUAUCUACUCUCAUUCGCAUCCGGUUCAUUCCCAUAUGGAUAUCACACCAAGUUCAAUUUGGUUUUAGCUGCUGUGCAUAGUAUACUUUGGAUUACAUGGACCUUGUCAUUCAAAUAUCAUUUACCUACCUUCAGCAUAUUAGGUAAACAAUUUGGAUUCCCAAAACCUUAUCCACCAAAUGAUCCAUUACUACCAGGAAGUGUCAAACCUAAAGAAGCUUCAACUCCUUUAAUCCUAGUUUUAUUGACUUUCCUAGCUAUGGGUUUUGAAUUACUAGAUUUCGCUCCUGUUUUCAGAUUAAUAGAUGCUCAUUCCUUGUGGCAUUUGGCGACGAUACCGUUGACUAUCGCAUGGUGGCACUUCUUCAUCGAAGAUGUCAUAGAAUUAGAAGGUUCAAUGUUGGUAGGCAGAGGUACAAGUCCUCUAGGUGUCCAACCAAACGAAAAAUCACUUUCAGGUGAUGUCAUUUCAGAUCAACAACAAUUACCAAUAACUCCAAGAACUCCACAUUUCGCUCAAUUAGCUGCUGGGACAGCGAAUUCAAAAUUCAGUAGAUUGGCAAGUCCAGGUAAAAGUCCCAAAUUGGACAAGCCAGAAUAG